GGAAAUUUCAUAGUUGGGCCGUGAUCUUAAAUCUCAUAAUUCUCUUCAAUUUCAUCAAAACCAAACAAAACCUUAGCUCACCUCUUUCACGUCUAUUCGUCUUCAUUCUUCUUCUCCUCUUCUACACCAACAAUGGGUAGGUAUCCGUCUGUCACUCACCCGCACCUCACUCCCCCACUCUCCACCUAGAUUUCACCGCCGGUCACUCCUCCUCCGUCACCGACGAAACACACCUCUCCCAAACCCCCGCCGUAUUACUAACUCUCCAAUUUAAUCUCAUUUAUUUCCGUGUGAUGUUAAUCAGUUGAUUCUUUAACUAAAUCCAUGGGGCACAAGAAGCGUCUUCCCGUUUCCCGCUCCAAACACACUCCUCCGCCGCCGUCAUCGGCAGCGGCGGUCACCGGUGAUGAAUCCGAGGCAUCGCCGAAUCUUGCGAUUGUGAAGGUCGAACAACCGUCGGUUUCUGUUCAAUCUAACGGUUUAUUAUCGUCUUAUUCGUCAAUUAAAGUCGAAUGUGAGCGCGCUUUAACCGCUCUUCGCCGCGGAAAUCACACCAAAGCGCUGCGUUUAAUGAAAGAGUCGUGUGUGAAGCACGGCGAUGGUGCUAACUCAGUGCCGCAGACUUCCGCUCUGAUUCACCGCGUGCAAGGGACGGUAUGUGUUAAAGUAGCUUCUAUAAUUGAUGAUCCUAAUGCUAAACAACGUCAUUUGAAAAAUGCGAUUGAAUCUGCUCGUAAAGCCGCGGAGUUAUCUCCGAAUUCUAUUGAAUUUGCUCAUUUUUAUGCUAAUUUACUUUACGAAGCGGCUAAUGAUGGUAAAGAGUAUGAGGAGGUUUUAAGAGAGUGUGAACGUGCCUUAGAGAUAGAGAAUCCAAUUGAUCCUGCUAAGGAGAGUUUACAAGAUGAGAGUCAACAGAAAAUUACGACUCCGGAAGCUCGAAUUACUCAUGUGCAGAAUGAGUUGAGGAGUUUGAAGCAGAAAUCUAGUAUUGCUUCGAUUUCUACUUGGAUGAAGAAUUUAGGGACUGGUGAGGAGAUUAGGUUGAUUCCUAUUCGGAGAGCUACCGAGGAUCCUAUGGAAGUUAGGUUAGUGCAAACUAGGAGAUCUAAUGAAAUUAAAAAGGCUACGAAAACUCCCGAAGAAAGAAGGAAGGAGAUUGAGGUAAGGGUUGCUGCUGCGAGACUGUUGCAGCAGAAAUCCGAGAGUGGUGUGGGUAGGGUUGAGGGAGAGAGGACUGAUACGGGAUUGGAAGGGAACUCAGCGAGUGAUAAAAGAGGGGAUAGAAGAAAGUAUGGAAAUGCUAGGAAGGGUGGGAGUAAUAAGGAGAGGAAGGAUUGGGUGAAGUCGUUUUGGAAUUUGAUGACUUUGGAAAUGAAGAGAGAUUUUUUGAAGAUUAGAGUUGAGGAUUUGAAGAAUUAUUUUGCUUUGUCGAAGAAUGUACUUGCUAGUGAUGUUUUAAAUGAGGCGUUGGCAUUUGCUGAGGAGAAUAAAACUUGGAGGUUUUGGAUGUGUUGUAGAUGUUUUGAGAAGUAUAUUGAUUCUGAGAGUCAUUUACAUCAUGUAGUGCAAGAGCACAUGGGAAAUCUUAUGCCGAAAAUGCAAGCUGUUUUGCCCCAAAGUGCAGAUAAUGAAUGGACUGAGAUGAUUCUUAAUUCUUCUUGGAAACCAUUGGAUAUUUCAUCCGCAGUUAAGAUGCUUGCAAGUCAAGAAAAAUGUCAGGACGGGGAAGUUGUUGAGGAUUUGUAUUUAGGGAGCACUGCUGAGUGUGACGAUUGCUUUAAAGAUGCAUGGGAUUCAUCUCCGGAGAAAGAGAAUCCAACUGAAAAUUCUGGAUAUAUUGAUUGCAUAGGAGAUAGCAAUGAGAUAGAUAAUUUUUCCACUGUUGAUUGUAAAGAGUGUAAUGGUAUUCGGACUUCAAUGCCCGUGAACUGGCCAUUAUCAGAGGACAUGGAGCGAGAAAAGCUCCUUGAAAAAAUUCAUGCAUCACUUGAGGCGCUUGUCAAACACAAGUAUCUCGCUGCAAGCCAUUUAAAUAAGUUGAUACAACUUACAACUCACGAGCUUCAUACUUCUGCAUAUGGAUCUCAACUUCUAAACCAUGGCGUGGAUCAAACACUAUUAUGCAUUCGCUUUUUGGAUGCAUCCCAGCUUAGAAAGAUCCUCAAAUUCUUGCAGGAAUUAUCUCAUUCUUGUGGUUUGGGAAGAUAUUCUGAGAAAAGUAGUACUAUAGAUGAUUUAAAUGCUGCUCAAGUUUUCGAGAUUAAAGAUAAAAUUGUUCUUAAUGGUGAUGCUUCGUGUCUCUACUUGGAUGAAUGUCUAUUGCCAUCUGAAUAUGCCCCUAGCAGUCCGUAUGAUGUGGCCACAAAUACUUCUCAUGUUGGAGUUCCACCUGAUGCUGAUUCUUUACUAUCAUGGAUAUUUGCAGGCCCCUCAAGUGGGGAGCAAUUGCAAUCAUGGAUGCAAACAAAAGAAGAGAAAGUCCAUCAAGGAAUGGAGAUUCUCCAAUCUCUUGAAAAAGAGUUUUACCACCUGCAGAGCCUCUGCGAGAGAAAAUGCGAGCAUUUGAGCUACGAAGAAGCAUUGCAAUCUAUAGAGGAUCUCUGCCUUGAAGAAGAUAAGAAGAGGGAGUCCGACAUGCAUGAUCGUAGCUGCUACGAGUAUGUACUUAGGAAGCGGAAGGACAACCUUGUCCACAGUGGAAAUGAUGAUCUGUUUAUUAGCAGUGGUAUUGAGUCAGAUGUCAUAGCAAAUGUAUUAAAAGAAGUAGAGGAGAUGAAUCGCAAUCAAUUUGGAUAUCAUGAUACUUAUGGUGGUGUGACCUCUCAGUUGUGUGACUUGGAAUCUGGUGAAGAUGUUGAUUGGAGAACAAGGGACUAUGCAAAUCAAAUGGACACAUGUAUACAAGGUGUGAUUGAUGGACAAAAACACCAAUUAUCAGUAGAGCUCAGCAAAAUUGACGCCCGAAUAAUGCGAAACGUAACUGGGAUGCAGCAUUUGGAACUCAAACUCGAGCCUGUUUCUGCCCAUGAUUAUCGGUUGAUUUUGUUACCCCUGGUGAAGUCUUACAUGAGGGCACAAUUGGAGGAUUUAGCUGAAAAGGAUGCCACCGAGAAAUCUGAUGCUGCUAGAGAAGCAUUUUUAGCAGAACUGGCACUUGAUUCUAAGAAGGGCGCUCGAGGAGGAAAUGAUGGGUCAAAAAAUACUCAGGAGAAGUCAAAGGAUAAGAAGAAGAACAAAGACUACAGGAAAACCAAGGAUCUGAAGGCUACUUUUGGAAAUGAACAGGACUUGCUGCAUGACGAGUCCAUUGAAUUGGGUUCCUUUCCAGGUGUUUUGGAUGGUGACCCAGAUUCUGAGGCUUUUAAUUUGGUGAAUGGUGAUGACAUGAAACAACAAGAGGAAGAAUUUAAACGUAAAAUUGAGCUUGAAGAAGAGGAAAGAAAGCUAGAAGAAACUCUGGAGUACCAGAGACAAAUUGAAAAUGAGGCUAAACUAAAGCACCUUGCUGAACAACAAUUCAAGAAAUUUAAUCAGGGUUUUCCAGAUAAGGUGGCUAAUAAAAUGCAUGAUGUUUACCUGGUCCCUGGUGGUGAUGCUGCACUUGAGCCAUCAGAACAAUUGACCAACAGCAUUCUUGAAGUCAAGACUAAGGAAAAUGGUGUUGUAUUGUCAACAAAGCCUUCUUCGAUGUCCAGCAGCCAAAUUACUAGCGUUUCACCUAACACAAAAGCAAAGCUAGAGUUAUGUAAUGGAGAAGCUACGGAAAAUGGCAUUUUGCCAUCGGACAGACGAACAGGAAGGAGAAGCAGGCGGCAGAAAAAUUCUGCUAGAUCUUUUGAUGGAAAAUGUCAAGAAGUUUCAACUGAUAAGAAUACUGUUGAAGAUGGAAAUAUUACUUCAAAUAUGGGGGACUCUGGGACUAAGACCUUGAGACAAUUACAGGCAGAGGAGGAUGAUGAGGAAAGAUUCCAAGCUGACCUUAAAAUGGCUGUACGCCAAAGUCUUGACACAUUUCAAGCACGUCAAAAACUACCUUCAAAUUUGAGGAAUCUACAAUGCACGUCUAUGGAAGUUAAGAAUUCUGUUGAAAUACCUAAUACAGCUGCAAUUGAAGAUGCAAAUGGAACUGAUGUGGUUGGUAUGGGCCUGCAAAAUGACACUGGUGAAUACAAUUGUUUUCUGAAUGUUAUCAUACAGUCCUUGUGGCAUUUAAGAUGUUUCCGGGAGGAGUUUUUGAGGAGAUCAACAUCAGAGCACGUUCAUAUAGGAGAACCAUGUGUUGUCUGUGCAUUAUAUGAAAUUUUCACUGCCCUGAGCAUUGCAUCCACAGAUAUGCGGAGAGAAGCUGUUGCGCCUACUUCCCUAAGGAUAUCUUUGAGCAAUUUGUAUCCAGAUAGUAAUUUCUUUCAGGAGGGUCAGAUGAAUGAUGCGUCUGAAGUAUUGGCUGUAUUAUUUGAUUGCCUUCAUCAAGCAUUCACUCCCUGUUUAAGCAUUUCUGAUUCUGAAUCGCUGGAAAGUAACUCUAAGGGGUCUUGGGAUUGUUCAAGCAGUUCUUGUAUAGUACAUUCUCUUUUUGGAAUGGACAUUUUUGAAAGAUUGAACUGUUACAGCUGUGGUUUGGAGUCCAGACAUCUGAAGUAUACUUCUUUCUUUCAUAAUAUAAAUGCCAGUGCGCUUCGAACAAUGAAGGGUAUGUGUGCUGAAAGCUCUUUUGAUGAGCUUUUAAAUCUAGUGGAGAUGAAUCAUCAAUUAGCAUGUGAUCCUGAGAGUGGCGGUUGUGGGAAGCUAAAUUAUAUCCAUCAUAUUCUAUCAACUCCUCCACAUGUUUUUACAACAGUUCUUGGUUGGCAGAAUACUUGUGAAAAUGUGGGAGAUAUUGUAGCAACAUUGGCAGCUCUUAAUACCGAGAUAGAUAUCAGUGUUCUUUACCGUGGUUUAGAUCCAAAAAGCACGCAUAGAUUGGUUUCGGUGGUUUGCUAUUAUGGCCAACAUUACCAUUGUUUCGCCUAUAGUCAGGACCAUGAACGAUGGAUUAUGUAUGAUGACAAAACUGUUAAGGUGAUCGGUAGCUGGGCUGAUGUUCUUUCCAUGUGUGAGAAAGGGCACUUGCAACCUCAGGUUCUCUUUUUUGAAGCUGUAAGUUAGUAUUACUGGAACUUGGCAACUUUGUUUGCUGCACAAGAAAAACACCUGGCUUGGCAUGGCUCGAACAUUUUAUUGCUGUCGGCUAUGAGAUGUUAGUUCUACAUUGCAUGGAUUCGGUAUUAUAAGAAAUGCAGCAAUAGUUUUGAAGGGCAAAGAACAUUAUGAUGACGAAAAGAAAAUAGUGAUUUAAAAAACAAAGAGUUGUCGUGUAUAUCGGAAAGUUUUGUAGGAAAGAUAUGGAAUUUUCACAAGGAAGAACAAAUGUACAAGGGAGAUAUUCUUUUUUUCAGCUUGAAGAAAUUGUUAACAGAAGAGCCUAGAGUGUAAUACGUUUGACAGGGUUAUGUGGAUCGUUCCGAUAAGGUGAUUCAGUUUUGAAAAAUGCAAUGGAAGAAUAUAAAGUGCUUCAUCAGUGAUGACGAAUAAAUGUUGGAUGGUCGGCGGGAGCAUAUACAAGUAACAGUUGUAAGUGGGGAAUUUAGUGAAUUAGAUGCAGAGGUGCUUAUAGGUGUCCAAUUUUUCCCUCUUUGAAGAGGUUUAUGUACAGAUUACAUUAUGACCCCUUUGUGUCUAUUUUACUCUUUCAUAUGCAGCUCAUUGUUAUCGCAUAUGAUCAUAUAAUUUAGAUGGGGUUUUUUCAUAGUAAAUCUAAUUUUGCUCAUUUUUUU